AUGAAGUCUUAUACUUUGCCAUUCGUUUCGUCUCUCUUGGGAACUGCUUAUGCUGCGUCCCAUUCUGUUGACGUUGGUGAAGGCGGUCUGGUCUUCUCCCCCAACUCUACUACUGCCGCUGUCGGCGACACAGUCACUUUCCACUUCUAUCCUCGCGCCCAUGGUGUCGCUCGCAGCAGCUACUCCAGUCCUUGUGCAGCUAUAGCCGAUGGCUUCAACUCUGGCUUCGUUCAAGUCGCCAGUGGAGAGUCAGCCACGACCUUCACGAUCACCAUUAACAACACUGAUCCGAUUUGGUACUACUGUCCUCAAGGAGAUCACUGCCAGGCUGGCAUGGUUGGCGUGAUCAACCCUCCGUAA